CGACGCCCCGUUGCCUCUCCAGCAACAUUGGCUUAGCCACCCUACACUCUUUUCUCCCUCCCACUCACUAUUCCCAGUAUCGUUCUUGAAGACGGCAAAUACACAGUACUAGGCUUAUUUACAACGCAUGAACACGCCUCAUCGUCGCCUGCCUGCUGAGCGGGCACGCCAUACAAAAGCAAAACGACUCGGCCAUGUCCAACCUGGCCCCAACUACAACGCUAUUCUCGCUGGGACACCCCAGCAAGAUGAUUUGAUCCCCUUACCUGGUCUUGGCAGCAGUGGAGGUACAACGGGCGGUACAACGGGCGGUCAAGCAGCCGCUGGUGCAAGCGCCUCGACGACGGCUGUCUCUGCUGCUCAAAGCCAAACUAGCAGCGACCCCAAGGCAAGCAGCACCACCGCAUCUGCAACGGCCAAGUCCCAGUCUGCGACUUCGGCCUCGGCGUCGUCCACGACUCCCAACUCGUCGACUACGGCUGAUAGCAAGACGAGCACCACCGCAGCGUCCUCUACCACCGCAUCAUCGGCUUCUGCAUCCGCAUCCACGCCUGCUAGUGACCCCGCAGGCAGGUCUACUUCGGUUGUCGUCGUUCCCGGGGGAGGCACCAGCACUGCAUCUGCCCCGAGCAGCUCCAUCACGACCAACCCGAACAAUGACAGCAAGUCCGGCGGCGGUCUUUCCAGCAGCGCCAAAGGCGGCAUCAUUGCAGCCAGCGUCAUUGUUGGCAUCGCGCUUCUCAUUUUCCUUAUUCGCAAGACCUACCUGCGCCGGCGAGACAAGCGUCGCAUCUCCUGGGCGGACGCCGCUAUGUUCCCGCCGCCCCCUGAGCCCGAGAACGAGAAGGGUUCCGCGCCUAUGGAGAUGUUCCGCGGCGCGCCGUCGCCCCCGCCCCAUCCGAUGGGCAACAUGGGCGGAGGCGGCGGCGGUGGUGGCGGCGGAGGGUACUCGUCGCACCAGCAGAUGAUGAUGCAAGGCCCGUAUCCAACGGCCGGUGGCGCGUUCCCGCCGCCCCCGCCGCAGUCGUACAAUAACCCGAUGCCGUACAAUCCCUACAACAGCCCGCACAUGAACCAGUCGCUCCCGCCGCUUCCGCCGCAGUCCCCUGCACCUGGGUCUAUCGUCAGCGUCGGCAACGGAGUCGGCGCAGGCGUCGGCGCCGCCAGCGCACUCGCCAUGGCGCGCGCCGCGGCGUCCGGCUCCCCGCCCGCGCAGGCCCACGGGCACGGCGGGAUGGGCCCUCCGCCGCCCAAGUCGGCGUCGCCGCCGGUGCAGGACGCGCUGGUGAAGUGCACGUUCAUCCCGACGAUGCCGGACGAGCUGCAGAUCCUGUACGGGGAGCGCGUGCGGAUGCUGAUGCGGUACGACGACGGGUGGUCGCUGUGCGCGAACGCGCGCGGGGAGCAGGGGAUGGUGCCGCUCGAGUGCCUCGACUUUGGCGGGGACGGGCAGGGGGCUGGGUAUGCGGGCGCGCCGCAGCAGCAGCGGCACUUUGGGGGCGGCGGGUCGGGCGACUGGCACAGUAUGCAGAGGAACAGCAGUUUGAACCCCGAUGGGCGGUUUUAGGUGGAGGUGGAGGGACGGAUGCGGCUAUGAGAUGAGAUGUUGAUGCGAUGUUGGGGUAGGCACUGCUGCUGCUGCUGCUGUGCACGUUGUCGUAUUCCGUAUUUAUGAUGCAUACCCCCACAUCGUUACCCGGAUUUAUUUCUUUUUUAUUCUUUUUUUAUACAUCCUCUUCAUUCCUGGUGUAGAUGUGGAUGUUGGUUAUCGGCGGCCCGGUCUCGGGCUGUCCUUCCUCUCUUUUACAUACUACUAUUACUUAUGCGUCUCUGGGACUGAGACGCUUUUCCUUACUGUUGAUCCCUUGAGCGAGUCGCGUAUAUUUGACUCGGGCCUGGGGCUCUCUGUAAUUCAGUUUUUUGUGACGUGGAUUUUUUCUUGAUAGAUUGGGAGGACGUGACUGAGGGCUUUAUGGAGACUUGGUUUUUCUUUUUUCCUGGAGGAUGGGAUUUUUUUUACAGUGCAUUGUCUCGUUAUACUGUGUUUCUGUGUGUACGUAUGCUAUAGUGUUUUGUUACUUGCUGUCGUUGUGGAGCUGGGUAAUAGCACUUUGUCACUUUUUGACCUGUGGUUAGGACUCAGAUGUUUGACGGGCGCUAAAUUGUACUGACGCCGAGUCGCGUCUAACAAGGACCACCAACACCACCACCUCAAUUGCGAUUAUGAAGAAAAAGGUAAGGUCUCAGGCGGUCAAUGUAUCACAGUAAACCUUGAACAAUGUCCAGGUUCUCCUCAUGGGUGCCUCUGGCAGCGGAAAGAC